GUCAUAACUGUGCUCUCUCUCUCUCUCCCUCUCUUUCUCUCUCACUCACUCUCUAUCACCGCCUUUCAGAUCUUUAAAAGCUGGUGCUUUGCUGUGUCUCUCUCGAUCUCCAUUUGUCUCCUCUGGCACUGCAGGGGACUCAACCGGCAAAGCACCAAGGAGAGCUACUGUAUAGAAACGGGGAGGAAGACUGAGGAAAAGGGAGAGAAAAGGGAGAGAGACUAAGGGAGAAAUAUACAUCCAGAAAUAGCAUCAGCCACAUUUAACUGACAGAGAGUGACAGAGUGGAGAACCUGAGACCUGGACACAAAAUGCCUUUCCUUUCUUACUUAACAACCGUUGUUUUGUUGCUGAUUGCUCACUGCGGAUCAUGGACCGGGGCAAACCGCUUGGGCCCCUUCAAGGUCUGUCCCUCCUGCAGGGAUCCACUGGGGGCAGGUCGGCCCCCCAGAGACCAUAAUGUUGCCGGCAGCACGUCAGUGUUGGCCCAGGGAGAGCCCUGUGGUGUGUACACCCUGAGCUGUGCCAAGGGGCUCCGCUGUGUUCCCCCACCAAGGGAGCACAGCCCCCUCCAGGCUCUGUUGCAGGGAAGGGGCAUUUGCGCCAAGCACAGCAGGACUAGUCCCACUGAGAGGCCCCACCCCACAGGUCCCCAUCCCUCACACAGUGGUGACAUUGAAAAAGCACCCUGCCGCAAGCUGCUGAAUCUUGUCCUGAGGGGUCUGGAGCUGACAAUCUUCCAGUCUGACCGUGACAUCUAUAUACCCAACUGUGACACCCGUGGCUUCUACAGGAAAAAGCAGUGCCGCUCCUCCAAGGGCAUGCAGCGUGGCCACUGCUGGUGCGUGGAUGAACUCGGCACGCCUGUGCCCUCACGUGCCAGCGAAGAUGGCACUUUACCAUGCGAUGGGGAGUGAGGCAUGAGUCUGUCCAAUUGCUCUGAGCCUGGAGGAAGAGGAGAAGGUGGAGGAGGAGGAGGAGGAGGAGGAGGUGGUGGUGGAGGAGCAGGAGCACAGGGAGAGAGGGUGGCUUUAGCAUGUGCUAGACACUGCCUGGACAGGAGGUAGCAGGGAUAAACCACUUCCUAUGGAAAAUACAUACCAGUUAACGUUCAUGUCCUCUCUAAAGCAAGACACACACACUCACAGUCCAGCAGCAGCAACAAUAACAUCUGCCUGAAUGUUCAACAGUUGCAGCAGCGUCCUCUGCGUCGUCUGGUGACAUGCUGCAUGCUUACAUUAAUGCUCUGUGAACUGCCUCAGUGAUCCAAGCGGUAUUACUCCGAAUGAUCUCUAUAUUCCCUGGCUCUUGUCCUGGCUUUCUGGUAGAUCUUUAUUUUACUUUUUAGUUUAGGAUAGCUGACACUGCCUGUGUUUGUUCUGAUCUCAGUGGGCUGAAAUACUGUUACGCAGGUGAUGCGACACAAAUGUUUGAAAAAUGUGUCUCCCUCACCGUCCUCUCUCCCUCUCUCCAAAGAUACACUGAUAUCAACAUACCUAAUUGACAGAAUAUUUCUUUUCUAUUAAUUUAUUUUUGAGUAUGUGUUUCCAUCAAGUACUGCUUGAAUCUUACAGUAUAUAUAUGUCAAGUCAGAAAAAAUAAUCUUACAAAUAUGAUCCUGGAUGCUUUUGUUCAUUUUAUUUGUCAAAAUGGCAUUCUGACUGCUUAUUAGUUGAUUGUUUGUACAUAUGUUGGAUUUUUGUGGUUGACUGUGUGUUCUGAAGUGGCAUACAAAAAGCUUACGGCUGUUACCCUUUUCAAAAAGUUGUAAGGCAUAUUUUUAUACACGUCAAUAUAAUAUUUUAUAUAUGAAUUGUUGGUUUAUUUAAUGAACUACAGUACAAUGCCAUGUAUUUUUAUAUUGUCAGCAGUUUCUUAUUUAAAGACAGAGAUUAUUUUAUUUCAUGUUAGGGGAAGUGUUGUGCUUGAAAGGCACCUUUAUGGCAAAACUCAUCAUUCAUCAGAGCUCUAUACAACUGCUGCACAUCUUAUGGUUAUAUCUCAUGUUUUUAAUUUCCUUUUAUUUAUGCUUUGUUUAUUUGAGAGUUGAGAAUAUCCAUGUUACUAUUAUGUUUUAUUUCUGGCACAUCAUACCACAAAUUCUGAGUUCAGUAGAGGAAAAAAAAAUCAAAUUUGUUAUUGUUAUGUCUCUCCCAAGUCCUUGCAAAAGUCAUGAAAUGGUGUGCUAUUAAAGUGUGAUUAGAAUUUAUCUAUUUCUGAACAAUCUUGUUGUGCCAAUGUGUGUGCCGUGAUGAAAGGUCCAUGCACAAAGGACCUGUAAGAUUUGCAAAUAUGAAAAUAAAACAUAAUGAUAAUAAAAAUGGAGAAGAAUUAAACAUAUAUUAAUA